CUUUGCAGCCGGCCUGCUUCUUUGGACGCUGGUAUUGUCUUCACUUUCCAAUAUGGCGGGGCAAAAUAUAUACCAUGUUCCACAAGAGAUAUUGAACCACAUUAUUAGCUUCGUUCAGGACGAGACAACACUUGGAGCGUGCGCGUUGACGCACCCCUCCUGGACAUUCGCGAGCCAGCAAUUGCUUCAUGCGGAACGACUUUACGCCCUGAGCUGUCUGGGGGCAGUAUUCGGUCAGCUCACUGAGCUGAACCUCUCGCAUAUCGCCUGGCAGCACAGCGAAGCUUUCACCUUCUUCCUUUCUACGUUCCCCAGAAUUACGAGCCUCCGGCUCUGCAACUGCAGCCUCUGUCCAGAGAGAAUAAGAGACUUUGAGCGCUUCCCACUUCAGACCGUCGAGGCUAUUCCUGGCUCUGAGCUACGGAGCUUGACAGUCAUCUGGGAUAGUAAAACCAGCGGACUAGACCUACUAGGGCUUGUGGACCUUUGGUUGUCGCAUUUCCCCCAAAUAAUUAAGAAAGGGCUGCAGUUCGAGUGGCGAUCCAAAGCUGGCUUCAUGGCGCUUCCGCAUCAUGUUCGCGCCAUGGGUUCUGUGCUAACCCAGCUCAAUGUAUCGCUCAAAGCCGGUGAUAACAGCUGCUCCGACUUCGGACUUGAGACAUGCGCGCAGCUGCAGAACAUUGUCUUCAACCAUCUCUGCCAGCCCAUGGACUAUCGCGCGAAUAACAACGGGAAUUACCACUGGGUGUCGCGGAUGCUCUCGCAAGUUCGCUCGUCGUAUGUUGAAUCUGUCCGGUUCAACCUCAGAUCUAGAGAACUCGCCGACCUACACACACUCAAUCUCAAGUUCAUCGAUACCGUCCUCAAUCAAACACGCUUUGCACAAACGACGCUUACACUCUCCCUCACGACAAGUACCAAAUGCUAUCGUAGCUCGCGUAGGCAUGGAGGCUUUCAGGAGGACCCGAUUCGUGACUUGGACUUGGACAACUUCGCGUCUGUCAUCCAAAAUGAGAUGGAGAAUUUAUGGGCGCAAGCGAGGAUUGUUCUCGUAGCCGCAUAGCGCGCCUUUGGCGUUCGGCGAGACGAUUUGGUUGCGUAUCGUUCCUCGGGCUCGGUGGUUUGUUACAGAUUCAAACAGCUCUUUCGUUCUCACAUGUUGUAGAUUAGUCUGAUUUCCUGGAGUGCCGGCAAUUUCGC